UCUGUGCAGUGCUUGUCACCGUUGAAAUUCUCAGGUUACAUCUCCUCGAGCCUUUAUUAGCUGAUUUCACCCUCGAACCUGCUCUCUUAUACGUCCUGGGCCCCGUUGAGAAGCUGCCAACAUGAAGCUGCCAGCGGCGAUUCUCGCAGUUUUUGCGUCGAUAGCUGUCACCAUUGAUGCUACCGUGUACUUCAAGGAACAGUUUCUGGACGGAGAAGGAUGGACGAGCCGGUGGGCCGAGUCCAAGCACAAGUCAGACUAUGGCCAGUGGAAGCUGACCGCUGGGAAGUUCUAUGGGGACGCAGAGGCUGAUAAAGGUCUCCAGACCAGCCAGGACGCCCGCUUUUACGCCCUGUCGGCUCGCUUCGAGCCCUUUAGCAACGAGGGGAAGCCCCUGGUCGUCCAGUUCACCAUCAAACAUGAGCAAAAGAUCGACUGCGGAGGCGGCUACGUCAAGAUCUUCCCCUCUGACCUCGACCAGAGCAACAUGCACGGGGACUCUCAGUAUCACAUCAUGUUCGGGCCUGACAUCUGUGGAUACAGCACAAAGAAGGUUCACGUGAUCUUCAACUACAAGGGCCAGAACCACCUCAUCAAGAAAGACAUCAAAUGCAAGGAUGACGAGCUGACCCACCUGUACACGCUGAUCCUGAAUCCGGACCAGACGUACGAGGUGAAGAUCGACAACGAGAAGGUGGAGUCCGGCUCCCUGGAAGAGGACUGGGAAAUGCUGCCUGCAAAGAAGAUCAAGGAUCCAGAUGCCAAGAAACCCAGCGAAUGGGACGACAGGGCCAAGAUCGACGACCCCAACGACACCAAGUCUGAGGAAUGGGACAAGCCGGAGACCAUCCCUGACCCCGAUGCCAAGAAGCCUGACGACUGGGACGAGGACAUGGACGGAGAAUGGGAACCUCCCAUGAUCACCAACCCAGAGUACAAGGGCGAGUGGAAACCCAAGCAGAUUGAGAACCCCGACUACAAAGGGGCCUGGGUCCACCCUGAGAUCGACAACCCAGAGUACACCCAGGACGCCACCAUGUACAAGUUUGAUAAAGUUGGAGUACUGGGCCUGGAUCUGUGGCAGGUUAAAUCUGGCACCAUCUUUGACAACUUCCUGAUCGCUGACGAUGUCAAAGAGGCAGAAGAGUUCGGGAAGGAAACUUGGGGCGCUACCAAGGAACCAGAGAAGAAGAUGAAGGACGAGCAGGAGGACAUGGACAGGAAAGUGAGGGAGGAGGAGGAGAAGAGCAAGAAGGACACUGAAGGCGGCGACGAGGAGGAGGAGGAGGAGGAGGAGGAAGAAGACGGCGAGGAUGAUGAUGAGGAGGAAGAGGGCGAGCACAACGAAGAGACAGACGAAGACGCCGGGACAGAAGGGGAGGACGGCGACGCCAAAGGGAAGGACGAGUUGUAAAGACUGCUGUGUGCUUCUAAACCAACGAAGGGAAAAUCAGAGAAAGCCCUAUGGACACUGGCCUUUAAUACAGCAGCCUUUUAUUCAGGUGUAGGGGGAGGGGUGGAAGGUGGGGUCAGGUCAGAUUUCUUUUUUUUUUUUAAUUGAUUUGUUUUUUUAGCUUUCAAAUUAGAGAAGGGAGAAGGGUUUACGUGUUUAUUUGCCUCCGUUUGUGUGUCUGCUUUGGUUAAGAAUGUUCUAAUUUAAUGCGACUCACUGAACGGUCUCACGCAGAGCCAAUUCAUUCUUAUUAUUGCUUUUGUUGGGAUAAAUCGAGGGUUUGUGAUGUCUGGUUCAUGCACUUUUAUUCCUCCUGUGUAAUGUAGUACCAUUUUCUUUUUUUAAAUGACCCCCUUCAUAAUUUAUUCAAUCAUUACAUUGAUUCCCUGAAAACACGUCAGUUUCUAACGCUCUGAUUCGGGGCAUAGGUCCUUCCUGCAACUCUGUGUGUGCGUGCGAGAGAGUGAGACUGCAUUAAACAAACUGUGAUUCUUACAAUCGCCAUUUUCCUCAUUGUUCUGAAUGAGUGACUGCUCUGUGGGUGAACACUGCUCUGUUUCAGUGAAUAAAAAUGAAGCCUCUCUACAA